UCUAACGGUUCGCAUGUUGCUUUGUCACGCUCGUCGCGAAAAUAAAGGCACACAGGCCAUUCUGGUGAAUAGUAAAUGUGUCGUCUAACUAAAGUUACAAGUGCAAUAUUCACGUAACACGAAAGUUGAAAGUGCUAAAUUCGCACAUAUACUCAUUGAUUAUUAAUAACAAAUGUGCACAACAACUUAAUACGAGCACUUAAGUACACAUAAGCGGACGAACCUACAUACAAUUAUGUUUAUUAUACAGUUAAGUGUGUACUUACCAAAGGACAUCAUCGAGUGAAAUUAAUUGUUGCUCCUCAACAAGCAAAUGUAGCAGGACUAAUUUAUUCACAAAUUUGUGCACAAAGUUAUUGUGCCACAACACAAGCACACGCAUACAAUCACCGACACAAAUACAUUCAUACAUGUAUAAGUGCAUGUAGCAUGAACAUGUCGUAAGUGCGUCAAAAGUAGUGUUAUGUAUUAAUUAUACGCACAUGUGCUAGUGGAAAAGGUGUGUCAGUGUACGUGUGGGUCUGUAAGGCAGCAAAGUGAGCAGAAACAUGAGUUGUGAACAGCAUCAUCAGCAGCAACGGCAUAUGCAUCAUCAACAACAACAUCAACAGCAGCAUCAUCCUCAUGAACAUUAUCAGAGUCGACCGUAUCAGUGCAGGCAACAACAGUUACAAAAGCCAAAAUGCGCACAUCAACAGUAUAGUCAAUAUCAAGAACAUCAUCAGCAACACCUCAGUUGUUACACACAACAGCCGCAUCACCAAUAUCAGCUAUGGUUUAUUAUCUCGGCGAUAUUGUUCUUAAUCGACAUAUCCAACUCGCUCACAAUGACGGAAGUGAAAAUACCCAAUCAUAUAAUGCGUUUCAAAAGCGCGGUACUCGGCUGCCGCUACAAUCUGGACGGCGAGUCAUUGUACUCGGUGAAGUGGUACAAGGAUGGGCAUGAGUUUUACCGUUAUGUGCCGCGCGAUAAACCGCCAGGACAAGCAUUUCCAUUGCCCGGUGUCAAUGUGGAUGUUCGCAAUUCAACAGAUACAAAAGUGACACUGCGGCGCGUCACACUGAUGUCGACAGGAGUCUACAAAUGCGAAGUUUCCGGUGAAGCACCAGCAUUCAACACUGUUUCCGAAUCCGAGACGAUGACCGUUGUCAUGACACCCAACCAUGGUCCAAAGGUCACCGGUGGUCGCCUGAGCUACCAAAUAGGGGAUGUUAUUCGCAUGAACUGCACCUCAGGACCAUCCAAACCAGUCUGUCAUCUCAGCUGGUUCAUCAAUGGUGAACCGGCAAAUCGAUCAUAUCUCAAACAAUAUGAAAAAUAUGUGGUCGGUCGUGAGGGGCUCGAAAUGGCGCGGCUGGGUUUGGAAUUUCGUGUGAAGGGUAUCCAUUUUCAAGAUGGCGAAAUAAAAAUGAAAUGCGUGGCCAAAAUCUCCUCCCUGUACUGGCAAAGCAAUGAGGCAAGUGUGCAAAGUGAUCGGCAGCAUCGUGCACCGGCGCUAGAAUCACGCGAAACAAUUGCAGCCAAAUCGCGUGCACAUGGUAACUUCGGUUCCUCCUCGGCAAAGCCACGUUCCCACACCACAUUGCAACAAUUACAUCUAGCAACACUACUGAGCUUAUUAACGGCAUUUUGUACUUCAAGCUACAGCAUAUCUCUAAGAUAACUAAUUUAAAUUAAUUUCUUACUACACUGUGUAGGUGACAGUAACACCUGGAAAGAUAUAACAACGUUGUCUUUAAUAACAACGGUAAAAAUAAAUUAAAAAGGACACAUAUCCUAUGCCAAAUUAAAAAUCCUGCAUUUAGUUGUUAGACUUAGAAUUAUGCAUAAACUGAACAAGAAAUGAAAAUCUUAUUUGUAAAUAAACAGAAACUUAAACUUAAAGAAAAUUUAUAUAUAAUUAAUUUAGUAAUUAGUUUAUGAAUAGAAAAUUAUUUAAAUAAUUUUUCAAAAAUAAUGAAAACAUUUGUUAAAGAUAGAUUUACGAUAUUUGUAUACAAAAGAGAGUGUAUACAUUUUUUCUCAUAAAAAACUUGGAAACUUAUAUGUAAGUACAAUAUAUCAACUAAUGUAAGGUAAAAGCACAGACCUUUACUAACAGAAACACACAGUAUUGAGAGACAUGAACAAUUUGAAAUCAAAUAAAAACCAACAAAGAAUCAGAAUUCUACAUUUUAAGUCCAAUUGAUAGUUCUAAACCUCAGUAGAUUACUUAAGAGCAAAAUAAUUCAAAUGUGUACGGGAAAAGAGUAUACUAUAAAUAUGUAUAAUAUACGUAUAUAUAUUUAUGUAUGUGUGUGUAAGUUCAGCUAAACUGCAAAAGAAACUGGAAACAACCUUGUUGCGAAAUUAUAAAAAAAAUUACAUUUCCGGUUUUUAUUAACUUAGUACUAUAUGUACUUAUGGCAAGUGCUUAAGUUUAUAGAAGUAUAAUACACUCUCAAUCAAAUCAGUUAUAGGUUAUCAAAAUCACGCUCUAAUAGAAUAUGUACAUGGUUUUCAUAGAGGUCAAUUGUAAAUUUGUAUUAACCAAAUUUGUGUUUCAAUUAUUUCAUUAUUUAUACUUGAUGAAAAUUUGGUUGUUACUAAACGAGCAGUUCGUUUCAUGAAAGUCUCAAAAAUUAUGAAAUCCUAAUAAGAGGGCGCUGAUCACCAUCAGAGUGUUGGGGAAGAAUAUGGAACGAUCUAAAUGGCGUUCUCUAGAUCUAAUAGGCACUGAGAAGUGAAUUACUUUUUAUGAAAUUGGGUUGAACCCUGUUCAGUUAUAGUCGUGGUGGAUUGUGUAUUUGAAAAGUUGUAAGAAAUGCCAAAUAAUCAGAAAAAAUUAACGGGUGACCACAAAAUUCGAUUCUGAUAUUAGAUAAAGAAAUGUAGUCUACUUGGUAAAUAGCAGCUAAAAUAUUUCUAAUUUUUUCUUAAAAAACAAGAGAAUAGUGAUGUUUUGGAGCGUAAGAAGGCAUCAGGUCGUCCUCGAAAGUCAACUGAGAGAAACGAAAAGUUACUGCGACCGCAUUAAAAAUGCACUUUCUAAACCAAGUGGAUCUAAGUGGCGAAACCACACGCCGACGGCUUAGAAAUUUGGGUUUGUAUG